AUGCACAAUCAUCUCUUAACGCUGAGCUGGCUCGCACUCGCUCUUAGCUUGGGAACCUCGACAUGCCAUACCGCACAAGCAGCGAGCGUGCCCCUCUCCUCCCCGUCCCAGCCCGUGGCAACUCUAUCCAAAACCGCUUUCGUGGGCCGUCUGCUCCCCCAGUUUGAACAGGAGCUGUUCCUUGGAAUCAAGUACGCAGACCAGCCCGUGCGGUUUACGCGAUCUGCUCUGAAAACAGACUACGCUGCUGCUGCUGCUACGGAUUCGUCUUUCGCUGGUGUAGACCGCCAUCACACAGUGCUUUAUAAUGCGACGGAGUACGGAUACGAGUGUCCUGGGUACGGGUCUGAUGAGACCAGACUCGUGAAUACGGGCGUGAUUCAAUUGCGCGAGGACUGUCUCAAUCUCAAUGUUAUUCGGCCGAGGCGAGCCCCGGGUGAUACGGAGUUGCUCCCCGUUAUGGUGUGGAUAUUUGGUGGUGGAUGGCAGCAGGGAGCGACGGCGGAUCCGCGGUAUAAUGUGAGCUACAUUACCAGACAAGCGGCUGUGAAUGGGAAGCCGGUUAUAGGGGUUUCGAUCAACUAUCGAGUUGCUGCGUUUGGGUUUUUGGAUUCGAAGGAGGUUCGGGCAUCGGGAAAUAAUAAUCUCGGACUACUGGACCAGAGGGUUGCGAUGCGCUGGAUAAAGAACAAUAUUGAGGCGUUUGGGGGGGAUCCAGACAAGAUCACGAUUUGGGGAGAGUCGGCAGGCGCAUACAGUGUUGGGGCUCAUCUGGUUGCUAAUGGUGGUAAUAACGAGGGUCUUUUCAGAGCAGCCAUCAUGGAAUCCGGAAAUGCCGUUGGCCCUCCUUGGAAUGGCACAGACUGGCACCAGCCGAUGUAUGAUCGGAUUGUGAAUAAAACGGGAUGCUCCAACGAAACAGACACCCUUCAGUGUCUCCGUGAAGUCCCGUUCGAAUCACUGUAUUCAAGCGCAUACGAAGGACUUGAGUGGUUCGCAGCGGUCGACGGCACAUUCAUCAAAGAAUACCCCCAGAUCAGCAUCACAAAUGGGCGAAUCGCCAAAGUUCCGAUCUUAGUUGGGACCAGCACAGACGAAGGAACCAGCUUCGGCACGACAGGAGUUGGCACGGAUGAGGAGUGCAUCGAACAGCUCACAACAUCCAGGCGCUGGGUUCUCCACCACGAACAAGCCACCAAGCUCCUGGCAUUCUACCCCAAUGACCCUGCCGUCGGCUGCCCCUACGGCUGGGGCAACGUCACCUGGCCCGAAAGGGGCCUCAUGUAUAAGCGCUACGAGUCAAUGGCUGGGGAUCUGACCAUGUUUGCGCCCCGACGGCUCCUCGCACACACCAUGGCCAAGUACGAGACCCGUGUUUACUCCUAUCGCUGGGACGUGCCGGCUCUGAACGAUUCAACUACUAUCGGGGUUGGGCAUUUCGCCGAGAUACCGUUCGUCUUCGCAAACCCCGUCCAAACUCUCACUCCACUAGGAGCCGACCCGGCGCGUCUGGAGCUCGCAAACCUAGCAGCCCGUAUGUGGACUUCCUUCGUGGCUGACUUAGACCCUAAUCGACAUGGAGUCGCCGAAAUCCCUCAGUGGCCUCGGUAUGCACAUAACCCCAGCGAUGCGAGCAAUUUCGUCUUCCGUCUUCCGCGCAACCAGAGCUACGUUGAGCGGGAUACAUACAGGGCUGAUGGAAUGGCUUAUAUCAAUACCAUUGCGCGAUAGGAAGCUUCCCUGCUCUACAGUUCUAUCAUAGCUUUUCUGCAUCUACCCUGAAGUAAACUAUAAACCGCACGGCUAGUAGUCGCAGGACAAGAAGGGUAGAACUCACAGAACCAGAGCAGAAUAUGUAGAAAAGAUAUAACCAAGUCCACUUGAUCAAUCUGAGUGCCUGUAC